AACAUAUAUGUGGACAUUAUUCACUUUUCCUAACUAUUAUUUUCAACUAGACAAAUGCCAGUAGUCACUUGAUACAAAUCAGCUCUUAAGGCCGUUAUCCAUUACAAAGGAGUUGUAUGUAUCCCACACGUAACGAUACUUGUGUAACCCAGCACCCGUCAAUAGACCAUGUGAAUGGGUGCGUGACGCGGCCGUGGGUUUUUCUUACCAACGAGUUUAUCAACGUUGUUAAGUUACAGUGUUAAGUUCGCCAAAGCUCCGGAGCAAGCCGGUUCACGGUUUAUCAGUGUGUUGUCAGGACGUUACGAUAACGUAGACAAGAAGUAAGACGUAACACCUUCCACAGGAGCAAUCUUCUGCGUGUUCUUAAGACGUUUGAACUUCUUAAGAUGUAUCGGCCGUUCUGUAUGCUGUUAUACCUGCUUUGCUUGUACGGAGGAAAGAGAAAGGCGGUCGGACAGACGGCCACAGAAAAUACGACCACAGGUACGACCACAGAAACAACAACGUUUUCAACCGUAGAGCAGACGACAAUGGUUUCGUCUGCAGCUGCAACAACCCUACAUUUAGGGCCUAACGUUAUAACCACGACGGGGAAAACAACCAUGGAGAAGACGACUAGAAAUUCUUCUGAAGUUACAACAACCCUACAUGUAGGGCCUAACGUUACAAACGCGACAGGACAAACAAGCCCGACAUCGACCAUUGCCGCAAGGUUCGCCCCGCAAACUUCAACCCCAGCCCAAAGCGUGUGUACCGUCGACACAAACAACAGCGCGACUUGUACCGUCUCACCUGGAAGCCCAGAUUGUAAUAACCAAGAAACGUGGAUUGUCGAAGUUUCAAUUAUAAGCACGAACAUUGAAAACGCUGCCGUACUUUUUGAUGGAAACGACCAACUUGUUCUUGUCGACACAGUAAAAAAUAACCGAACGGUAACAGUUCAAUACAAGAUAAGUUGCUGUUAUGCGUCAUCAACGUUCACAGUUAGUGAAGAACAGUUAAACUCCACGACUUGCAGAGUUUCCAUCGGUACUCCUGGCACGACCUCUGACCUCUCAUUCGACAAGGACACCCUUGCGCAUGUCGCCAUUACCUGUGGCGCAGGGAUAUCUUUGUUCGUGCUUGUGCUCUGCCUAGUGGCUACUAUUCGCAACGGGAAGGAACAGAAACCCGGGAAACUCAAACGGAACGAACUGAGCGCCAUAGAUGGUGACACGAGGGUGGAGAGACUACAACCUCAGAGUGUUGGCGGGCCCAGAAGGACGACGCUUGAUUCUGUAUUUGAUGUGAGCUCGAGUUCGCAAGAUCACGUGGCGCCUUCAGAAAGAUCUCGAAGCUACGCUAUUGAGGUAGAGAACCACAGAGGAGGACCUUACCGCGUAGAUGAACACCACAGGGGUUAUGAACACUCCCAUACAAGUCCUGACAGACGACAUGACGUCAUUUCCUCAUCUGGCCCCUGGUCCACGUUUCCAACUCAAGAAGACGAACGUUCACGACAAUAUUCCCGCUUUGCGACACAGCCAACGGAACAUUACGACAGACCAAACGACUUUUGGGGGGUAAAUUACCAUGGCAACGAGUGGGACACGCCAUCCUAUUAUAGGGGGAUUCGGUGGGGCCCGCCAGCUGACUUCGAUAUGUACUAAGUAAUGAUAAUAUUUUCUGCGAG